AUGAGACUUAGAUAUGUAUUCCACGGGAAUGACAAGGAACCACAUCCUUUCCACGUCAAAUCAAACUGGAUACCACCAGUACAACCUUCUACUGCCCUUGAACGCUACUUCGAAAAUAUCAAGUUAAGCCUUGCUGAAAUAGAAAUAACAAAGCCAAAACACAACCUGUCAUACAACGAACACAAAGCAGUCAAAGAACUGCAAAACAAUACUGCCAUCAACCUUAAACGUGCUGACAAAGGCACCACAACAGUGAUUCUCAACAAGAGGGACAAAAUUCAAGAGGCCCAGGUUCAGCUCGACAACAGAGACCACUACCGACCUCUUGAAAACCCCAUGGUCACUGACACAUUAAAAAAAGUUAAUGAGCUUAUUGCUCAACUGCACAAUGGCAAACAUAUAGACGAUAUGACAAAAAAGUGGCUUUCACAGACUCCCAAUCCGCCCAGAAUACCGAUUUUCUACACUUUAACAAAAAUCCACAAACCUUUGCCAGUGGGUAGACCGAUUAUAUCGGGCUGCGAAGGACCAACUGAAAGGAUAUCAUCCUUUGUGGAUCAUUUAUUACAGCCUAUUGCUCAAAAGCAAACAUCGUAUCUCAAAGAUACGACUGAUUUCAUCAACUUUAUAGAGAAAACGCAAGUGUCAAAUGAUACUAUUUUAGUAUCAAUGGAUGUAACAAGCUUGUACACAAACAUCCCACAAGAAGAGGGUAUCACAAUAGUAUGCCAAGCAUACGAAAAAUACCACAAUAACAGCCCUCCCAUUCCGUCCCACUACUUAAAACAAAUGCUCGGGCUUAUACUGAAAGAAAUUCGUUCCAAUUCAACGGAGUAAACUAUCUCCAAUGUUUUGGAAUUGCCAUGGGAACACGAAUGGCGGUUGCUUUCGCCAAUCUCUUUAUGGCAGAAAUUGAAACAAAACUGCUUCACCAAAGCAGUAUCAAGCCGAGAGUAUGGAAGCGUUACAUUGACGACGUUUUCUCCCUGUGGGAUGUUCGUAAACAAGACAUU